AUGGCCGCGAAGACCGCGGCGGCGGCCGCCUGGUUCGCGCUCGCGCUGCUCGCCGGGACCUGCAGUCCCUUCACCAUGCCGCGCCACGGCCACCGCCGACACCAGCGCCGCGGCGCCGCCGUCGGCGAGCAGGAGGUGGAACAGAAGCCCAUCGUGCGCACGGCGGCCGGCGCGCUGCAGGUCGGCCGGAGCGAGAUCCAGACGCUGGUCUUCGAGGGCGACUACGUGGUCCACUACGAGCGCGGCGUCUGCCAGUACGCCGGCCGCCUGCAGGAGCGCGACGACGACGACGGCGACGGCGGCGGCGACGGCGAGCUGCCGAUUUUGCUGCGCUUCGCGGAUCGCACGGUGGCCCUGGAGCACCGCGAGGCGUCGCGGCUCACGCGGCUCCGGGGCUCCGACGAGACCGUGGCCGUGCGGUCGUCGGAGCUCUUCCAGCCCGCGGACGGGCCCGCGGCGGCGGCGCCGCCGCCGAGCCUCGGCAGCGAGAACGUCGGCGGCUCGCCGUCGACGUCGGGCCCGCGGCUCAGCAAGUGGUCGAAGCCCGAGGUCUGGCGGGGCAAGCGGGACCGCGCCGAGGCCGCGAGCCGGGACCACGCGCGCGACCUGCUCACGCUCGCGGCCGCGCGGUCGUCGCGGAGCCGCGACGCGUGCGCGCCCUUCGACGACGAGGCCGCGGCGCUCCUCGAGGCGGGCCUCGGCUACGAGCUCACGGCGGGCCAGCGCCAGUGCUGGGAGGACGUCGAGGAGGACAUGUGCCGGCGCCUCGCGCCCAUGGACCGCUUGGUCGGCUUCGGGAAGACGGAGCUCGCGGUCCGCGCGGCCGCGCUCGCGGUCAAGAGCGGGCGCCAGGUCGCCAUCCUCGCGCCGACGACCGUGCUCGCCCAGCAGCACUACAAGGUCUUCCGGCGGCGCCUGGAGCCCCUGGGCAUCACCGUCGAGUUCCUGCGGUCGCCGAGCCGCAAGUACGUCGACGAGGCCACGGGCAAAAAAGCGUCGUCGGCCAAGGAGUGCCGCCGCGUGCGCGAGCAGGUCGCCUCGGGCCGGUGCGGCGUCUGCGUCGGCACGCACGCGCUCCUGUCGCCGAAGCAGGUCUGGCACACGCUGGGCCUCGCCGUCAUCGACGAGGAGCAGCGGUUCGGGGUCCGGCAGAAGGAGCGGCUGAAAGCCGCGUGCGUCGACGUCGACGUGCUCACGCUGUCGGCGACGCCCAUCCCGCGGACCCUGGGCGCGGCGCUCGCGGGUUUGCGGGACACGUCGGAGCUGCCGGACCCGCCGCCGGGCCGCGGCGAGACGAGCUCCCUCGUCGCGCGCGACCAGCCGGGCCGCAAGGAGGACGACUACUUCCUCACGGCGAUCCUGGAGAAGGAGCUCGCGCGGGGCGGCCAGUGCUUCUACGUCGUGCCGCGCAUCGCCGACGUGCCCGCGGCGCGGCGCCGGCUGCUGGGCGCGCUCAGGGCCAUCGGCCACCCGGCGGCCGCGCGCGUCGACGCGCCCGGCGAGCCGGACGACGACGACGACGCGGAGGACCCGAGCGGCGGUGCCAUCGCCGUCGCCCACGGCCGCGUCGACGACCCGGCGGCCGUCGUCGCCGACUUCGCCGCGGGCGACAACGAGACGCGGCCCGUGCUGCUGGCGACGACGCUCGUCGAGAACUGCGUCGAGAACGGCCUCGACCUGCCGCGGUGCAACACGAUCGUCAUCCAGGACGCGCACCGCUUCGGCCUCGCGUCGCUGCACCAGCUCCGGGGCCGCGUCGGCCGCGGCGAGCGCAAGGCGUUGGCCGUCUUCCUCUACCCGCGCGACGGCGCGACGACGGACGCGGCGGCCGCGCGGCUCCGCGCGGUCGCGGACGUCGACGCGAAAUCGGGGCCCGAGCUCGCGCGCCGCGACCUGGAGAUCCGCGGCGCCGGCGCGCUGCUGGGCACGCGCCAGAGCGGCCGCGCGUCGCGCGACGUCGGCGACGAGAUGUACGCGAAGCUCCUCGUCGAGGAGCUCGAGCGGUUGAGGGCCUUGGACGUGCGGCCCGCGGACCGCGGCUGCGACGCGUCGCACCUGCCCGCGGCCGCGCUCCUGGAGCAACGCGCCGCCGGCGACGCGGACGCCGAGGCCGCGCUGGCCCGCGUCCGCGGCGCGCCGACGCUGGAGGCGUGCCAGCGCGCCGCGCGCGCCGCCAAGGCCGCGCUCGGGCCCGACGCGGCGAAGCUCGCGGUCAAGCUCCGCUUCCUCGAGCUCCACGGCGCGCGCCUCGGCUUCGAGAGCGCCGCGCUCGAGGCGCGCGCCUACAACGACCUCACGACGCCCCACGGCCUGCUCCGCGCGCCGCGGCUGAACCCGAAGACGUGGACGCUCCUCCGCCGCGAGGUGCCCGAGGGGUCGCGGUCGAGCCUCCGCUUCGACGAGACGACGGCGACCGUCGAGGUCGUCCGCCUCGGCGCGCUCAAGCCCGCGCAGCAGGUCGACUUCCUCCUCGAGGCCGUCCUCCACAUGGCCGGCUUCCUCGACCGCGUCGCCCAGGUCCACGCGACGGACGCCGCGGGCGAAAAAAAAGCGGACGAGGCCGCCGAGGCGCCCGCGGCCGUCGCGAGGUAA